GACUAAGCACAUACUGAUAGCGUGAGUGACUUAGGAGAGGAACUGGAAACGAGAGCGGUAUGUUUCCGUGUUUACUCCCUUCAUCAAAAAAGCAGCUCUUCAUAAAUUCCAUACGAUGUCUUCAACUGAGGAAAAAGGGAAGCUACUGGCUGGAACUAACAGGUCUGACACGACUAUGGUCGGCCAGGUUGAGGCAACACGAAUUCAAAUGGAAGAAACUGGCGUAACAGUAACACUUAGAGAUGAAGUCCAUGCACAAACGAAUCAUUACAUCAAGCAGAGCCGACCAUACUUCCCCAACACAAAGCUGCACACCUACAUCGACUGUCCUUACUUCUUACAUCUUGCACGCUUACUAUUUUUUGCAAGUUUGUUUGGAGCUUUGGUUGCAACUACAAUUGGUAUCCCGAAGGAGCUCCCCAUGAGUUUUUUCGUUGCUUGUGCAGUAUUUUUCUUAAUUUACUGCCAACACGAGUGGGUGAACCAAAAGUCUCUAYCAGUAGUUCAAAAACAGCCUGUGUUCGACGAUCAGCAAGCGACUAACUCGUUCUAUGAAUUAACUGUCACAGAACUCAAGGGUUUGGCUCUCGAAAAUUAUCAAGCUGGUAUCGGCUUCGUUAAACUGACUCAAGGAAAGAUCGAGUUCCAGGCAUUCAACAAGACCGCAGUCAAAAGAAUGUCAAGUGCUAAAUGUCAGUCACGGCUGAUGCUGGUUCUCUUUUUCUUAUCGUCUGUCUACAAUCUC